AAACUACCGACUCCUCAAAAAAGGACUUCUCAUCACAGGAAUGGAUAAAACAAAAUGGGGAUUGUCCUAAUUGUCUCUACAUUACUCAAACAAUAGAACAUUUUGCUCUUAAAUGCUCACUAAGCAAAGUAAUCUGGGAAACUACCUACAGAGCACUUAUCAAUACGGAUGGAGAUACUAUCUCUAGAACUUUAGAAGACAUCACUUCAGCGACCAACAUCGUGAACACUCAAAAAAGAAAAACAGUUAUUUGGCUUCAUAUUACAGCUAUUUACGAAAUAUAG